UGUCCCUUCUUUUCUUUCAAUUAAAAAAAACGCAGCUUGUCUUCUGGCGAAGUUAUAUCAGAGCAGCGGCCGGCGCCACACCUGCUCCGUUCAGACCUCAGAGUAACACACUUCACUGUGAGGGUUUAGGUACAGCCAUUAACGCGGCUGCAAGCACAGGCCCCGGAGCGGAGCCGGAGGGCAGAGGAGCAGAUCGGGCAUGGCCGGCGGCGAAGGCGCGGAGGGGGCGCGGGCGCUGGACCAGACGCCGACGUGGGCCGUGGUCGCCGUCUGCGCCGUCAUCGUCGCCGUCUCCAUCCUCCUCGAGGGCAUCCUCCACCACCUCGGCCAGUGGUUCAGCAAGAGGAAGAAGAAGGCGCUGUUCGACGCCCUGGAGAAGGUUAAAUCCGAGCUCAUGACUCUGGGCUUCAUCUCGCUGCUGCUGACUGUCACGGCGAGGUACAUAUCGCGCAUCUGCAUCCCGGCGGGGGCCGCCCACACCAUGCUGCCCUGCAAGCUCUCCAGGAGCUCGGAACACGGAGAGGGCCACGGCCGACGGCACCUGUCUGAAGAGCCGGCCAACUUCUCAUGCCCCAAAGGUAUGGUGUCACUCGUUUCAACCGAUGGGUUACACCAGCUACAUAUCUUUGUGUUCUUCCUGGCUGUCUUCCAUGUAACGUUCAGCGCUAUUACAAUGUCCCUGGGCAGAGCAAAGACUCGGAUAUGGAAGGAGUGGGAAAAGGACACUUCCUCCAUCACCUAUGAAUUUUCAGCCGACCCAUCGAAAUUCCGGCUCACUCACCAGACUUCUUUCGUGAGGCAGCACGCAAGCUGUUGGAGCAAAAGCACAAUUAUGCUCUAUGUCGUGAGCUUCUUUAGGCAGUUUUUCAGAUCUGUUCGGAGGACAGACUACCUGACUUUGCGGCACGGAUUCAUUGCUGCUCAUUUAUCCCCAGGGACUAGGUUCAAUUUUCAAAAGUACAUCAAGAGAUCUUUGCAGGAUGAUUUCAAGACAGUUGUCGGCAUUAGUCCACCUUUAUGGGCCUCUGCUCUGGCUGUUAUGCUCUUCAAUGUUCAUGGGUGGCAUAACUUGUUCUGGUUCUCCACAAUUCCCCUUGUAGUGAUUUUAGCUAUUGGAACAAAGCUGCAAGCUAUAAUUGCAAGGAUGGCUGUUGAAAUUACAGAAAAGCACACAGUUAUUCAAGGAAUGCCAGUGGUGAAACUCAGCGAUGAACAUUUUUGGUUCGGAAAGCCUCAUAUGGUUCUUCACCUUAUCCAUUUUGCAUUAUUCCAGAAUGCAUUUGAAAUUACUUAUUUCUUCUGGAUUUGGUACGAAUUCGGCUUGAGGUCCUGCUUCCAUGACAACUUUGAGUUUAUCAUUGCAAGAGUCUGCCUCGGGGGUGUCGUCCAAUUUGUGUGCAGCUAUAUCACGCUUCCACUCCAUGCCCUUGUAUCUCAGAUGGGAUCUUCGAUGAAGAGAACCAUCUUCGACGAGCAGACGUCGAAGGCCCUGAAGAAGUGGCACAAGACGGUGAAGAAGAAGCAGCAGCAGCAACAGCAGCAGAAGGGGUCAUCGCAUGCCUCCUCAGAGACGCCAACCACGGACACGCCCGAGGCAGGCCGGCUUAGCCAGUGCCAGUUCGUCGCCGAGGCGGCGCCGGUGGCAAACCGGCACCUCCACCGCUACAAGACCAUAGCGCACGUCGGCGCCACCAGGGCGCUCUCCGACUCGGACUGCUCCGACACGGAUGCCGAGGCGCAGACGAGGUACCUGAUCCCGCCCACGAAGCAGAGGAGCCUGGACUCGGAGGUCCGUGUGGACGUGGACGCGGCGACGCCGGAUCACCGUGAUAGUUUCUCCUUUCAGAAGCCGCCGCCUGCUCAGAAUGCGAUGGAGAAAUGAUCAAACGGGCGUAGGUCGUGCUUAGUAUACUAAUCAGUACUACUAACUUGUGUUAGAUUAGAGGAUGAGCAGAUCGUCGAGGUGGGUAGGCAACUUUACCGUGCAUGUUUUCAUUGUUUUGACUAGAGAUUAAGGUUAGUGUGCCAUUUGGGGUGCAUGAGAAGUCACGGGAAUUUCGAUGGAGUUUUAGGGGAAACAGUUUAAUUCCACGUCGCGAAUAGAACCCUUGUGCAUUGCGUGA